AUGUCUACAAAUAUAUUUAUAAUACUCUUCACUAUUCUGAUUACGGUAGGCCCAGUACUGUAGAUGCUUGUAUACUUGGAUGAAUGGCAUAUUUAGGGUGACUGUCAGCCGCCGAACAAUAUAUUCCAUCUCGGAUUUCUGCAUUGCGAUGUACUCCCAAAAGUGGAAAACCACUGUUGAAAAAUGCAGUUAGUUGGUUUCAGAACGUCGAAGGAAGCAGCACUUACAUCAGCUACCGUACUUCGGCCAGUGCUGCCAGCAUUGCGAUCGACAGGAUCAAGAGAGAAGGCCUCCUGACCGGAUACGAUUUCAAGUACUCACACGCAUGAUGAUUAGUUUUUAAAUUAUGUCUCUUUCAGCGAGAUUCGCGUUUCUAACACGCUUGGCAAAAUCCGCAUAAUAGUCCUUAUCUUCAGAAUCACAAUACUCUACGACCAAUGCGAUGAGUUGCUGGCGGCUGGAAAUGCGAAAGCGCUUCUUGGCGACUACAACGUCGACGUUCUGAUCGGACCCACCACAAACAUUCGUAUGCCUCUGUAGUCAAAGUUGUUGCCUAUUCUUUCUUUUCCAGCAGCUGUCCAGGUGUUCAUCCUCGCCACGUACUACAACAUCCCUCUGGUCACUUGGGGAAUGACUUCUUCGGCAGCUCUGGAUGACAGCGCCCGUUUCCCCACUGCCGGAAUUCUCUCGAUCGGAUCGAAAAGGUAUUCCCCCGGUUUAACCCAACUUUUUUCCAAUUUGUUUUAGUCUGGCUGUGGCCUUCCGCGAAGUGAUGCUCCAGUACGGAUGGGAUCAGUUUGUGUACGCCUACUCUUUGGAAGGCGACGAUGAAAAGUGCGAGACGAUGCGUGACGACUUCCAGAAUAUGAUCGCCUACUACGGGGACAUUGUGCUCUCCUACACCGUCCAAAUAAUGGAUUUGAGCGAGGAGGGAAUGCUGAGCGUGCUGGAAGACGUUUCAACGAGAGGCAGAAGUGAGUGGAUGAUAUCGAUCCUUGUUGAUCCGUUCCUUUUCAGUCAUUGUUCCGUGUUUUCACGAGGGAAACACGAGAGGCCUUCAUAGAAGAUGGAUGUUGCAGGCAAGUAGACACGGCUACGCGACUGAUGAAUACGUUUACAUAUUCCCAUCUCUUCGUUCCAAAGGAUACGGUAGCCAGCACAAUUAUUUGUUCUAUGCAUAUUUCCUCGUUUAGCUAUUCUCCAACCCGACGGCAGUUAUCGGUAUCCGUGGACGGACAGCACCGGGAUCCAAUCCAGCGACGCGGAGGCCAUUCCAGCAUUUCAGAGAUCUAUGUUUAUUGUGGAUGUGAGGGAGAGCGAAGCCUUAACGCGUAGAUGUUUGAUUUUUCAUUUUUAAUGAUUUAGAUGCAAGGCCAGGGCAAGAUCAGCUCGAACUACACGGUGUUCGAAGCGGAAGUGAUACGAAGAAUGGCCGAUGCCCCAUACAACUGCUCGUCGACAUGCUCGGCUACUGAAUAUCAUACGGUCCCUCGAACUUUCCCCGUUUUCAUUAUUAUUGGUUUUGCAGGCGGCAGCAUACGCGGCACAGCUUCAUGACUCUGUUUAUUUGUACGGAAUGGCGAUGGACAAAAUAAUGAAGGCGUCUCCGAGUCAGUACAGGAAUGGAACUGCGUUUCAGCCCUAUUUGGUUGGAACAUUUGAAGGUUUGAAUCUGGAAUUUAGAUUAUUUCAAUAAACUCUCACGAACUAUUUAGGUGUCGCUGGCCCUGUCUCCAUGAAUGAGGACGGUGUCCGUAACCCUACAAUCUACGUGCUCACCCUUGAUUCCAGUAACGUUUCCAACACGAUAAUGAGCAUAGAAGUGACAUCGUACACUGCCGUGACCACAAAGUGGUACACAAACGAGGCGACCGAAGUGUGGUCGCAUCGGAAAGGAAUCCGUCCGUUGGACGAGCCGGCGUGCGGGUACACCGGCUCGAAGUGCCCCGCGAAUGUCUUCUUCCAAUACCUCGGAUGGUUCAUCUCCGCCAUCAUUGUCAUCAUUUUCACAAUCUGUGGAGCCAUCUUAGCAUUUGUCUACCUUUUCCAGUUCCGUUUUCGUUUCUAAUUCGUUGCGAACCUCAGUUUUCAGUUCGAAACGGCAAGAAGUGGAACGGCAGAACGCUCUCUGGCAGAUUCCGUUCAAUUCGAUGCGCGUCAUCACGAAGAAAGGCAAAGGGGAGCAUAGUAUGAGGAGCAUCAGCAGUGUGCCCAGCACCAUUUCGUCCACAAAGUCGACCAUGUCAUCCGACUUUGGAGAGACCCGCAACUACCAGUACUUCACUCUUCAGAACGACGUGGAAGCGGAGACGGUCGCCGCGCGGAAGCACACCCUCCGCACGCUUUUCGACAGCAAAAUGUGCGCCUCGAUGCGCCAGAUGAGACUGAUUGAUCAGGCGAAUCUGAAUAAGUUCAUCGGAAUGUCACUAGACGCUCCCCAGUUAUUGUCGAUCUGGAAGUUCUGCUCACGCGGCUCUCUGGCCGACGUCAUCCGGAAGGCGAGCAUUCAGAUGGACGGGUUUUUCAUUUACUCGCUGAUGAAAGACAUCGUGAAUGGUUUGACAUGGCUCCACGAGUCAAACAUUGAAUUCCACGGAAUGCUCACUUCCAAAAACUGCUUGCUGAACGACAGGUGGCAGUUGAAAAUCACAGAUUUCGGAUUGAGAGGCUUUCGUACGGCAGAUCAGUUCAACAAGAUGGGUAAGAAGUUGGAAGUUGAAGUUGGAUUACUGUAGAUGUGGUGCUCAGAUCGUCUGUGGACUGCGCCGGAACUUCUGCGAACAGAUGAUAUCAACGGAAGCCGAGAAGGAGACAUCUACAGUCUGGGGAUCAUCAGUGCGGAACUGAUUACACGGAGCUCAGUAUUCGAUAUGGAAAACCGGAAGGAAGACGCUGAAGAGAUAAUUUACAUGCUGAAAAAAGGAGGAAUGCAGUCUCCUCGACCGAGUCUCGAUCACGACGAAUCACUGGAAAUCAACCCCGCUUUGGUUCGUUUGUGAUGUUCUAUUUUAAUCUAUGAACCUGUAUUUUAGUUGCAUUUGGUGCGAGACUGUUGGACCGAGCGGCCCUCGGAACGGCCUGAAAUCAAACAAGUGAUUUCGCAGUUGAGAAGUAUGAACACAAACCGAAAUGACAAUCUGAUGGAUCACGUCUUCAAUGUCCUCGAAUCGUACGCAUCCACACUGGAAGACGAGGUGGCGGAGCGGAUGAAAGAGCUCGUGGAGGAGAAGAAAAAGAGCGAUUUGCUGCUAUACCGAAUGCUUCCGAAGCAGGUGGCCGACAAGUUGAAGCUCGGCCAAACUGUGGAGCCGGAGACUUUUGACGUCGUCACCCUCUUCUUCUCCGACGUCGUCAGCUUCACCACACUGGCCGGCAAGUGCACUCCUCUGCAAGUGGUCAACCUGCUCAACGGUCUCUACACGAUCUUCGACGGAAUAAUUGAGCGGCACGAUGUGUACAAGGUCGAGACGAUCGGAGACGGAUACUUUGUCGCUUCCGGGGUGCCACGUCGGAACGGCAACGAGCACACGAGACACAUUGCGAGCAUGUCCGUCUGCUUUGUCAACUCGCUAGCGGACUUUACCAUUCCUCACCUUCCCGGGGAAAGGAUCAAGAUUCGAGUCGGAUUUCAUUGUGGAUCCGUGGUGGCCGGAGUCGUCGGACUCACAAUGCCCCGAUAUUGUCUAUUCGGAGACGCGGUGAACACUGCGAGCAGGAUGGAGAGCAAUUCGAAACGUGAGAACUCAUCCGAUUGCAAGUAAAGUAGUUCCUAAAAUUGCAGCCGGUCAAAUCCAUCUUUCCGAGGAAGCCAAUCAAAUGCUCACUUCUCUCGGAGGAUUUAUAACCGAGCCACGCGGCGAAGUGAUCAUCAAGGUGAGACAUGACAUAUGCUUUGUACUUGUAUUCAAUUCAAUAAUAUCAGGGCAAAGGAGUGAUGACGACGUUCUGGCUGCUCAAGAUGGAAGAGUCGGCAGCUCCACAGAUGUACAAGAAUAGGCACGACUAG